AAAGAAUCCAAAGUGAAUUCCUGGGGGUAAUGAUUAAGAUGUUUGUUGUUCAUUUCUUUUGAAAACGUGAACCAAAUCUAUAUAAAUCAAAGCAGAAAUUUGCCGCCAUGUCAUUGCAAAAGCGAACCUUGCUGAAGGUCAUCGUUCUCGGCGAUAGCGGGGUGGGCAAGACGUCGUUGAUGAAUCAAUAUGUUCAUAUGAAGUUUAGUCAACAAUAUAAAGCAACCAUUGGUGCAGAUUUCGUCACUAAAGAACUCCAGAUUGACGAACGCAAUGUCACUCUUCAAAUAUGGGAUACUGCAGGGCAGGAAAGGUUUCAGAGCCUUGGAGUUGCCUUCUAUAGGGGUGCAGAUUGUUGUGUGUUGGUAUACGAUGUUAAUGUGAUAAAAUCAUUUGAUAACCUUGAUAAUUGGCAUGAGGAGUUUCUUAAACAGGCAAAUCCUACCGACCCCAAGACGUUUCCGUUUAUAUUGCUCGGAAACAAGAUAGAUUUAGAUGGUGGCAAUAGUCGAGUGGUCUCCGAGACGAAAGCAAAAGACUGGUGUGCUUCGAAAGAAAACAUACCUUACUUCGAAACAUCAGCAAAAGAAGAUAUCAACGUCGAUGAAGCGUUUCAUUGCAUUGCCAAAACUGCUCUCGCGAAUGAGCGCGAGCAGGACAUAUAUUUCCAGGGCAUCCCAGAUGUUGUCACUCAGACUGAGCAAAAAGGUGGCUGUGCAUGCUGAUUACAAGCCAAGCUCCUUAUAUUCUUGGUUGUUCAAUGCCGUCAUAUUUCCCGGUUCCUAUGAUUCUUAUCCAUUUUUUUAUUUUAUAUAUAUACAUUUGUAUUCUAAUAUCCUUUGAUUGAAGCAUUAUUCGAAAUUAAUUUUGCUUUUGGUAGAGAUGAAGUAAAAGAGCUAAAAUUUUGUAGAAUCCCAGGUGAUUUUGCUUUUAGUUUUAACUAGGGCUAUAUGUUCAAAUUGUAAUAUUUGGAUGAGCUUUCAAUCA